AUGAAUUCCACCGCAGAGAUACGGAAUUGUAAAAGCAGCUGUUGGAGAAGCAAGAUGCAGCGAAUUCCCAUCCCACGACUUCGGGAUGAUUACAUUCUCGUCAAGACAAUUGCCGUCGCAAUAAAUCCCACAGAUUGGCAAACCGUAGACGAAAAGUCCAGUCCAAGGACAAAGGGUCCCAUGCUUUUAGGAUGUGAUUUUGCGGGGAUCGUGGUUGAGAUUGGCAAGGGUGUGGAGAAAGAAUGGAGCGGGGGAGAAAGAAUCGCGGGGAUGGCGCAUGGAGGUAAUGACAUUGAGCCUGGAGAUGGAACAUUUGCCACAUACAUUGUAGUCAAAGGCGAUGUUGCAUUCCACAUUCCGGAUACCAUCAAUUUCGAGGAAGCUGCAUCGCUUGGCGUUGAAGUUACUACUGUUGCAUUGGAGUUUUACAAGUAUUUGUCUUUACCUCUCUUGACAUUUCCCCUUUCCAUGCCAAAUUCCGAGAGCAAACUCCCUCUUCUAAUCUAUGGAGGAAGUUCGGCAACUGGAAAAUUAGCUAUUCAAUUUGCGAAGUUGUCCGGGUUGCAAGUAAUCACUACGUCGUCACCGAGGAACUUUGAGCUGUUGAAAAGCUUGGGUGCGGAUCAUGUUUUAGAUUAUCAUGAUCCCAGCUGCGGAGCCGAAAUUCGCUCAUUUACUAAAAACAAACUUCACCACGUCUUUGAUACAAUAGCCACCCAAUCCAGCUCUCAAAUUUGUGCCGAUGCACUGUCUACUUCUGGCGAAAAUAUUUAUGUAAAUCUCAUGGGUAUUGAAAUGCCCAGAGAUGACGUCAAGAAUAUUUUCUUUCUCGGAUACCCGGUUACUGGGGAAGAGUACGGAAUCGAAGAAGAAUCAUGGCCAGCUGCACCUGAAGAUUUUGAACUCGGAAAAAGAGCUUUUGUACUAUUGGAAAGACUGUUAGAGAAUGGGCUGAUUAAGAAUCAUCCGGUGAAGAUAACGCAUGGUGGCUUGAAUGGGAUUUUAGAAGGAAUGAGAGAGAUGCAAGAGGGAAAGGUAAGCGGAGAGAAGUUGGUUUAUAGAGUCGGGGAAUCUUGA